AUGGCGGGGCCGCGGCGAGGCGCGGGGCUCCUCUGGGCGCUGGGCGGCGCCGCCCUGGGGGUUUGCCUCGCAGGGGUCGCCGGGCAGCUGGUGGAGCCCAGCACAGCCCCGCCCAAGCCCAAGCCGCCCCCGCUGACCAAGGAGACGGUGGUGUUCUGGGACAUGCGUCUAUGGCACGUGGUGGGCAUCUUCUCGCUUUUCGUGUUGUCCAUCAUUAUCACCCUUUGCUGUGUCUUCAACUGUCGCGUGCCACGGACCCGGAAGGAGAUUGAAGCCCGGUAUCUGCAGCGAAAGGCAGCCAAGAUGUACACAGACAAACUGGAGACUGUGCCGCCCCUCAACGAGCUCACAGAAAUCCCUGGAGAGGAUAAGAAGAAGAAGAAGGACAGUGUGGAUACCGUGGCCAUCAAGGUAGAGGAGGAUGAGAAGAAUGAGGCCAAGAAGAAGAAAGGAGAGAAAUGAGGAGAGCUUUCUGGAGGUGGCGGCUGGGGCUGGCCAGCCCUGGGGCUCAUGGUCCUGCCAGAGUCCAGACAUCUUAGACUCCAAGCUCACACAUGGACCCCAGAGGUUGCAGAGAGCCCUGUCCCUGUAGAGAGGGAGUUGCAGGGGCCCAGGAGCCUGUCCUAGAGCCUAUAGGAACAAGGACAAAACUACCAGGUGUGCCACCUCCUGGCCUGGAUGCCAACUCCCUGCACCCCGUCCACAUGGCCACCCAGCAGAGGUGGUCUGUAGACCCUGUCCCUCUGUAGAUCCAAAGUGGCCUCAACCCACCCAGACAUGCCUCUGUCUCCUCUUCUGCCAGGAACAGCUGUGGCUAAGGGGUGACGGGAUGUGGGUUUUCUUCUGGAAGGGGAUGGCCAGCCUGGAUGGGCCAAUGUGAGGCCACACUAAGCUGUCCACAAGGAGGGAGAGGGUCACUGGAGGAAGCAGGGGCAGCAGGAGGCUCUCAGACUUGGCUGGAUAGUAGCCCUGCUGGUGAGGGGCUGUCCCAAGCCUGGCAUGGGUUCUGGCCCAGAGCAGUGAGCAGAGAAGGACCAGAGGCAGAACCCCCAGCCUAGCAGAUACCAAGCUCCAGGCAGUGGACGCACUUGUCUUACUUACUGUGAUGUAGCUGAGGCUGCUGGAGGGCCUAGCAUGAGGCCCAAGGGCUCAGGAUUGGGGGCUCCAGGGGUACAAAAGGCUGAGGCCAGUGGACCAGAGAGAGAAGAGAAGACAGCUGGCACCUGGGACCCAACUUGGGAAUCCAGGGAAUAUUUGAGAAGCCAACAGGGACUUGAGGCUGUUCUGGGGCCCUUUCUAGGCUUAGCUGUGGUGGCAGGGCCCCAGGAGACCACCACAGGGGCCAGUUAGGGUGGAGGUAGCAGCCAACCUUCCACCUGCUGAAUAUAACAGCACAGCUUCCUCUUCUGCUCUCAACCACGAUUCUUGAAACAGCACUGGUGACCAGAAGUGAAGGCUCAAACUUGACCU